AUGCGUCAAAACUCACGUUCUUUUCGCCCGCGCGCCCUGACGUCGAUCACGUCCUUCGACGACGAUGAACUCGCUCUGUCGGACGACGACGACACGACCAGAGGUGAUUCGCGACGCUCGUCGACAUCGCGGGCGGUGACGGCGGCGCGCAGGUUCGAGUUUGCCAGGGCGGGCGAAGGCGACGACGCGCUCAUGGCGACGCUUCGAAGACGCGUCGUGGAACCGAUCAGAGCGCUCGACGCGACGAUGGAAGCUCUGAGCGAUGACGAGUUACGAAUGAGAACUGCGGAGUUUCGGGAGCGGCUGAAAAAGGGUGAGACGCUGGACGACGUGCUCGUGGAGGCAUUCGCGACGGUUCGAGAGGCGUCAAAGCGCGAGCUGGGUUUGACGCACUUUGACGUGCAGUUGAUCGGCGGCGCGCUUUUGCACGAUGGAUGGGUCGCAGAAAUGAGCACCGGGGAGGGUAAGACGCUCGUGGCGACGUUGCCAGCGUAUUUGAACGCGUUGGAGGGGAAAGGGGUGCACGUAGUAACAGUGAACGAUUACCUCGCGGCUCGAGACGCGGCAGAGAUGGGACGCAUAUAUAGAUUCUUAGGGCUGACCGUGGGGGUGAUUCAGAGCGACAUGGAACCUGCAGAGCGACAGUUGGCGUACGCGUGCGACAUCACGUACGUGACGAACACGGAGAUAGGUUUCGAUUACUUGCGCGACAACAUGGCAAACGCGGCCGACGACAUGGUGGUGCUCAUGCGUCCGUUCAACUUUGCCAUCGUGGACGAAGUCGACAGCGUGUUGAUCGAUGAGGGACGAAAUCCGUUGCUAAUCACGGGCGUGGGCGAGGUGAACGACGACGACAUGUACAGAACAGCCGCGAAAGUUGCCGAACACCUGAUUGUGGGACGAGAUUUCAAAGUUGUCUUGAAGGAGAAAUCGGCCGAGCUCACGGAUGAGGGCAUGUCACGAGCAGAGAUGAUGCUACAAGUAGACGAUCUAUGGGACGCUCAGAAUCCAAUGGGAAAGUAUGUGUUGCUCGCCGUGAAGGCGAAGGCUCUGUUCAUCAAGGAUGUUGACUACAUCGUGCGAGAUGGUAAAGUCAUCAUCGUCGACCCGUCCACCGGUCGCGUGCAGCCGAAUCGAAGAUGGAACGACAAUCUUCACCAAGCGGUCGAGGCGAAGGAGGGUGUCGAGAUAAACGGAGAAAAUUCCAUCAUCGCUUCUAUUUCCUACCAGUGCCUGUUCAAGCUCUACAAGAAACUGAGUGGUAUGACAGGCACUGCGGCGACGGAGUCAGAAGAGUUUUACACGACGUAUGGCCUCGGCGUCGCAAGCGUACCGACGAAUAAACCCAACCUUCGGAUCGAUUCUCCGACGGCGUUGUUCUUGAAGAGUUCGCCGCGGUGGUACGCCGUUGCGGAUUUGAUUCUCAACUGUCACUUGGACGGGCGACCCGUACUCGUGGGUACGACUUCAGUGGAGAACUCGGAGCUCUUGAGCGCGAUUCUCGACGCUUACGUGUGGGAAACACCGGAUGGGAGAAAGAUUGAGGGCAUUCCGCACGAGUUACUAAAUGCGCGUCCGCAGUACGCGGCACGCGAAGCGGAGAUUGUUUCGCAGGCUGGUAGACAGUAUGCGGUGACCAUCUCCACAAACAUGGCUGGUCGUGGGACGGACAUUUUACUCGGUGGCAGCGCGCACGGCCUCGCCAAUCGCGCUCUCAAGGAUAAGUUGUGGCCGUACUUGGUAGAGAACGGCGAGGUGGACGAAGCGGCUGUACUCAUGCACGUGAACCUAUCACCGAUAACCGAGCAAGCGCUGCAGCAGGCUGAGCUCGUGGCGCGAGCGUCCGUGAUGACCGCCGGGUCUCUGGAUGCGGAGCAAGCCGACAAGCUCUUCGUUGAUGCGCUCGUCCAAGCCGAAGAGUGGCUCCGCAGAGACAUUGAUCCAACGUUCCCGAACGAUGUCGAAGUGCUCAUAAAAUCCAUCUACACGGCGGCGUAUGCCGUUUUGCGAGACUGCCAAGCGCAGUGCGAAGCCGAGCGCGAAGUCGUGCGCAAGGUCGGCGGACUUCAAGUCAUUGGCACGUCCAUUCAUGACAGUCGUCGCGUUGACAAUCAGCUUCGCGGGCGUGCGGGGCGUCAGGGCGAUCCAGGAAGCACGAUAUUUUGCGUGUCCGCCGAAGAUGAACUGUUGCAAACAUACUGUCCUGGCUGGGGUAACCAAAACUUGUGGAUGUUUGCCGGCGUCGACGAGAACGCACCAAUCUUCUCCGACAUGGUGGACAGACAGCUUCGAUCGGUGCAAAAACAGAUUGAGGAUUAUCUCGCAUCUGGUCGUCAGUCUACAUUUGAUUCCGACAUGGUGCUCGAUAGCCAGCGCGAGGCUGUCUAUAAACUGCGCCGGCAGAUUCUGUUGAGCAGCCAGUCUUCGCUGAGAAAGCGGCUGUUCAAGUACAUGGGUCAACUUGUCGACGACGCGUGUGAGCGCGCGGGCGUUUCUGGAGGCGUUUCACCGAAGAAGUGGGAUUUUGAUCGUCUUAUUCGAGAGCUCCGCCUUGUGUUCAUCGGUAGAAUGGAUCACUGGUUAUCAAUGACUAGAAAGCCGUUGAGCGAUGACCCCCACUACCUCCCGGGCGUGACUGCUGCGGAUAUCAAAAGAGCCGUCAUCCAGGACGAGUCGCUUCCUGUUCCACGCCCAAUGCCACCGUUAACGGUGCCGCCGGCGAUGGCAAAAGCCGCGAUUUGUGGCGUACUGGUAGAAAUCCCAGAUGGUCACGAUAGCAAGUUCGUUCAAGACACAGAGCCUGAAGCUUCCGAUGAGGCGCUCAUGGAACGCCUGGCGGAACGUUUGGCGCCUCCAUCUGGCGUUGAGUUCUCACAGGAGUACAUAAAGAGAUGGAGCAAGGGAUGGCACGCGCGAAAAGCGCGAGGUCUUCGAUCGUAUCUCACGGAAGCUGCCGUACAAAUGUACCUCGAUCGAUUUGCUCGCCUAGCCGCGCAAGACUAUGAUCGCACGGAACUCGAGGAUGUGGAACGCCUGUGGGCGCUUCGAGCCGUGGACACGCUCUGGCAGCAGCAUCUCGCGCAGAUGGAGGUCUUGCGCACGAGCGUUCAAGUUCGCAGCUUCGGACACUUGGAUCCGAAGGAUGAAUUCCGCAUCGACGGCGCGAGAGCCUUUGUCUCGCUCGUGGAGGGUAUUCGCGAGGACAUGGUGAAGAACAUCUUCUACUUUGUCGGCGCAAGUGUCGAACCAAUCACCGACUUUGACCGUGAAGAACGGGGUCAAGUUGAGUCGGAUGGUGAACCAACGGAAGCUUAG